AUGUCAGUGUUUGUUGCUAGAGUCAAGAACGUAUUGAGUGGAGAUACAGUUAUUGUCAUCCCAUCCAAGUCAACUCAAAACCCACCACCUGAAAGAACAAUCACCUUGUCCUAUGUCAAACCAAUUGACGAAUUCGAGUCCAAAGAGUAUUUACGUCAAUUGCUUUUGGGUAAAGAGAUCAAGUUUAGAGUAUUCAACAAGGUUGGCACUAGAGAGUUUGGUGAUAUACAGGCACCAAUUUUCAACUCACUCAUCGAAUACUUGUUGACCAAUGGAUACGUCAAAGUCAAGGAAACGUUACCAGAUGACGAUGAAGAAGUACAACGCUUGAAGCAGAUUGAAAAUGCUACAAAGUUGAAAAAAACGGGUCUUUGGGAUUCCAAAAAACACUCCAGAAUCACCACAGUGCCAAUUGACGAGAACAUUAUCCUUGCAUCACAAAAGAAGCCUUUAAAAUUAAUUGUUGAUAGAGUAAUUAGUGGUGACCGUGUUGUUGCAACCAUCUUUGUAAAUACUGUUAAAAUUGUACAAACUACUCCUGUUUUGUUGGCUGGUGUCAAAUCUCCAAGAACUGAUGUUGCAGACCAACCACAGAAUAUCACACAAGCUGCAAAGGAGGCAAAAUACUUUGUUGAGCAACAAUUGUUAACCAGAGAUUCAUUAGAAGUUACCCUCAUUGGCGAGAGUCAAGCGGGUGUACCAAUUGCAUUGAUAAACAACGACAUUUCUGAAAAAAUCUUGGAAAAGGGUUAUGGUGAAGUUGUAGAUUGGCAAUCAAGCUUGAUUGGUUCAACCAUUAUGAGCAAGUUGAGAAAAGCUGAACAAACGGCAAAGGCAUUGGGUAAAGGAAUCUUUGCCAAUACUUCCAAACCAGCACACUCUAAAGUUAAAACCGAUUCUAAAUUGACGCCGGGAAAGAAAACAAAUGUCACAAUCUCAAAAAUCAUUAGCGCUGAUACAUUGAAUGUUAGAUUGCCAGAUAAUGAUGAAGAAGUUACUGUACAAUUAGCUUCAUUAAAGGCACCAAAACCAAACGACACAACAAUCACUAAUGAUUCAAACAAACAGCAAGCAUUGAUUGCAACCGCUCGUGAAUUUGUCCGUAAUCAAGCAAUUGGGAAGUCGGCUUCAUUAUAUGUCGAUGGGUUUAGAGAAGAAAAUAAAGACUUGAACCUUCCUUCAAGAUUCUUGGUCUCAUUGAAAAUUGGCAAUACAGAUCUUUCAGAAACUAUCGUCAGUGCCGGUUUUGCAACCGUUAUUAAACACAAUAAGGCAACUGCAAACGAGCGCUCAAUGAAUUGGGAUAAAUUGAUUGAAUUGGAAGAAGUUGCAAAAAAGGGCAAAAAAGGUAUGUAUGGAGACUUGGCCAAGGUCCUUACUGUGGGUACAAGAAUCAUCGAUGCCUCUGAAAAUGCUACCAAGGCAAAGACAUUCUUCAACGGUUUCAAACAAAAGGGAAGAAUAAGUGGAUACCAUGUCGAUUUUAUCCCUAAUGCCACAAGAGUUAAACUUUUCCAUCCAAAAGAUGGUAUGAGAUUGAACUUGAUUCUUGGCGGAUUAUCCAAUGACAAAGCAAAUUCUUUACCGGAAGCUACUGAGUAUUUGAACAAGAAAUAUCUUCAAAGAAAUGUUGAGUUUGAAAUUUAUUCCACUGAUAAACUUGGCUCCUUUAUUGGUAACCUUUACACCAACUCGCAUGCUUUGGCCCCAGUUCAGGAACAACUCUUGCAACAAGGUUUGGUUAAAAUACACGAUUUUGCAAUCAAUACAAACCCACAAGCAUCUGUAUUGAUUAAAGCUGAAGAUGAGGCCAAGGAAGCUAAAAAAGGGUUAUGGCAAAAUUAUGACCCAAUAGAAGAAGAAUCCAAACAACAAGGAGAAGGAGCCAAAGUUGCAGGAAAAUUGCAAUCUCUCAAUCUUACCAAUGCUUCCUCAGCUAAGCCUAAAUUCUUUGACAUCAAAGUUGUUGGAAUUGAUCCCGAGACAGUAAAACUUUAUUAUCACUUGAUUGAUCCUCACACCAAGCAACAAUUCCAAACUUUUAAGCAGCAGUUUCAAACUUUCCAUGCGCAAUCUCCAUCAGCCUCGAAACUCAGCUCUGAUUCAUUACCAGUGACAUACACCUCACCACCAAGGAAAAAUGAACUUGUUGCUGCCAAAUUUUCAGACGAUGGCAAAUUCUAUCGUGCCAAGUACUCGGGAUUUGACAAGACUAUAGGAAAACAUAGAGUGGAUCACAUUGAUUAUGGCCAAGAAGACACGGUCUCCAAUAUCAAAGACCUUCGUUAUUUGUCAUCGCAAUUCAAUCUUGCAGCAUACCCUGUUUUUGCUCAUCUGACUACGUUGCAGAACUUAAGGUUCCCACCAGAUUAUCUUGAAGAAGCAGUGGAUGCAGUUGAUGACUUGACUUUUGACAAAAAGCUCGUGCUCAGUGCUAUUGCUAGCCCAGCAGAUGGAGUAGAAUACACUGGUGUUCUUUAUGAUGCAGAGGAAAGUUUGAAAGAUGAAUCGUACACCAUUAAUGGUGAAUUGGUCAAGGAUGGCUUAGCCGUUGUGGAUGAAAGGAGCAUUCCACCAACGGUUAAGGAAUAUGUAGAGGACUUGCUCAAGGUGCAAAAGAAAGCCAGACUGGGACAUGUAGGAUGUUGGAAAUUUGGUGAUGUUGCAUUUGGCGAGGAUGAAAGUUUACUAGCAUAG